GCAACUAUACUUUAAAAACUAAAUGGAUAUAUUUUAUUUUUCUUCUCGGUUUUUCUUUUCUUUUUUCUUCUUUUCGUUUUUACUUUACUUUAUUCAACAAUAAUAAUCGCGUGCGUCUCUUCUGCUGUACUGCGGCCCCAAAUGUGCGGUUAUUUCAUUACUCGUGCACAAACCUAUUAUACGUUUCGUUGUUCGGAUAUUUUUGUUCGUUGGUUCGUUCGUAUUUUGUAUGAAAAUAAAAAAUAAAAUAAAGAAAAAUCAGUUAUAAAUAAAUAAAAAAUAAUUCGCGCUCUGGCUCUCUCGCGUUAAUACAAAAAUAUAAAUAAAUUUAAAUAAAAUUUUAUUUUUGAUGCCGAUUUAAAAAAAAGAAAAACGAGUUUAAAGAAAAAUAAAUAAACACAAAACUUGCCGUAGCAAAUUCUAUUUUCUACAUUAUCACAUGUUACACACCUCAAAUGGUGAUAAAUAAUAGAUUGGCGAUCAUUUUUAACUAAAGUUUUGUUGUUUGUUGUUGUUGUUUUUUCUUUAUUUUUGUUCUUUUAAAUUAUUGUUUUGUUAUUCCAUUUACAAAUUCUGUUGCUGUUGCUUCUUCGUGGAAAUUUGUUUAUAUUAAAAAAUAAAAUUAAAUAAAAGCAGAGAGACAAAUAAAAAAACGAGAAACCAAAAUGAAAAUAAAAAUGUUGUGUGUGUGUAAGUUGAAAAAUAAAAAAUAAUUUAUCUUUUUGAUUUUAUUAUAUAUAAAUUAAACACAUGCCUACAUCAAUAUGAAUAUAUAUUUACAUAUAUAAAAGUAUACAAAACAAAAGGCGGAUUGAUAAUUUUUUCCUGUGUAGUAUAAGUGCGACGGCAAAACGACAAAACGACAAAACAGAAAGACCGCAACACUAAAAAAAAGGGUAAUGCUAUGUCAUUUGAGAAAUAUCUAAUUUUCUAUUAGAGUGUAGUCUCUGUUGCAUUUUUAUAUCUGAGAGUUUCUGUUAGAAGUUUACGAAAAUGAAGAAUUAAAAAAUAUAUAAAUUUAAAUUUCCGUGAUGUGAUAAUGUUAAUGUUGAUUAUUUAAAUAAUUACUACUUGAUUGAACUCUACUCUAAAAUUCUCGAGUGGUUUUUGCGCGCGGGUUGACGACAACAAAAAAUUAUAGCCGCCCUCAACCCAACCACCCCCACUCAUAAAACUACACACAAUCUAUUUAUCCCAAAUUAUUCGCUCUGCCCCGCUCAUCGCAUAUCGCACCACAAUAUUCAUAUUUAAACGAAAACCCAUAUGUAAUAUAUCAAUGCCAAUUCGCUUCCGCCCCCGCCAACCGAUCGUUCACUCGCUUUCUGAUCCCCCGGUCCUGGUUUCUAAUACCUUAAUAAAAUAAAAAAAUAUAAUGUGGGUGUCGAUUAAAAGAAUUUAAACGUAAUUUGAAACAAUGUGUGAGUGUGAAAUGAUUUAUUUAAUUUUUUUUGUUGUUGUUUAAAUGAGACAAAAAGUUUAGCUGUCGCACUAAGGUGAAUUUUGCAAAAUAAAAAUUAAAAAAGAAAAAACCAAUCCACCAACGCAACGCGUCGUCGUUCAGGUAGAGCCUUUAGAGCAAUACCGCAGGAAUAGUAUAACAUCAACAACAUAAUUUCCAGAAUCCAACAAUCCACAAUCUCGAAAUUCAGUAUUCAAGAUUAUGAUUUGUUUACUUUUUUUGUCAACUCCUACUAAGUUGACGAAAAUAAAACAAAAAUACUACAAGAAAAAUGCCUAUGUAAAAACUUAAAGUGUGAUGUCAUCAAAAAGGAAAUCAGAAAAAUAAAAAUUAAGUGAAAAUCAUAGUUCGGUCACAUAACUACUAUACCUUAGUCAAAAAUACGUUAAUUAUUGACGACUUUUUGGAGCGUAUUUGUCUUUUGCGGCUUUGUGGUUUUGUUAAGUUUAGAUUUUUCCUUUAAGGAGUUUUGCCUACCGCAAAAUCAAAAUAAUUCUUCAACCUCUUAUUGCAGUACAUUCAAAAACACAUUUAAAAACAACAACGUCAACAACUUCUAUACACACAAUCAAUUUUAAAUACUAAAAAAUUUAAGACGAUUUCAAACUCCGUUCUCAAACCAAAUUAACAAAAACCAACAUAACAAAUAUAUAUAUUAUAUGACUGAAUUUAAUUACUCAAUUUAAAAACCGUAAAAAGAAAAGUGAUACAAUUAAAAAAAUGGUGUACACAAAGAAACAAAACAUCAGCUCAAGUGUCUCACUAAUUUCAAAUUUUAUCAUACAAAAUAACUAUCACAAUAUAUCAACGUACAUUUUUCGUCGUUACACGUAAUUUCUAAAUCAAAAAGAAAAAUAGAAGAUAAAUUAAACAAAAUCGAAUAAAUGACAUUUUCAACUAAAAUUAAUUUAAAAAAAAGUGCAAACAAAUAGAAUGUAAGCAGUAACCUUAAAUAUAAAUAAUUUAAAAAUUCAAAAAAAUAGUGAUAGAUAAAUCAAAAACAAAAAGGAAAUAAAAUAUCAAUACAAAUAAUAAUAUUGCCAGUAGUCAGACCGAAUGCUAUGCUGCACUGUAAAAAAAAAGAAGUUACUUAACAAGUGAAACGAUCCGAGAUAUGCCACAUAAUAGUCACAGCUCGCAUUCUCGCCAUGCUGGCUCAUCCGGAGACGAUUUGGGCAGUACAGAUGAAGUGAAAAUCUUCAAGGAUGAAGGCGAUCGAGAGGAUGAAAAAAUUUCGUCGGAAAAUCUAUUAGUUGAAGAGAAGUCUAGCCUUAUUGAUCUGACGGAGAGCGAGGAAAAGGGUGGGAAGGUAACUGCGCGAUCGGAUCAUAGUCCUGUUUUCAGUAAAGUUGAACCGCAUGCUUCGAGCUUUAACAUGGGAUAUCUAGUUUCUCCGUAUUCGUACACAAAUGGUGGAGCCGGAGGACUGCCGGUAUCAAUGGCGAAUAAAAUCGGUCUGCCGCCGUUUUUCUGCCAUAAUGGUGACCCUCUGACAACACCUCCUCCCGCACAUUGUGGUAUACCUCCGUAUCAGUUGGAUCCAAAAGCAAUGGGUCUGACAAGGCCCGCGAUCUAUCCAUUUCCCGCCAGUCAAUAUGCAUAUCCUAUGCUGAGUCCGGAUAUGUCACAGGUAGCGUCAUGGCAUACUCCAUCUGUGUACUCAGCAGCGUCUAGUUUUAGAAGUCCAUACCCCUCAUCCCUACCCAUUAACACGACGUUAUCAAGUGAUUUUUCAUUCCGCUUUUCACCGAGUCUGUUGCCUUCGGUUCAUACUUCACCGCAUCAUGUACUGAAUUCACAUCCGGCGAUUGUGACGCCUGUACCAAAACAAGAAAUUGGGCAAGAGUCAUCCAAUCAUAGAUAUGGAAGGGGUCUUGAUCAAAAAAAUUCACCCAGCAUACAGGUUAAUGAUUGCAAGGAUAAUUCAAAUGAUAAAAAGAAACCGCAUAUCAAAAAACCGUUGAAUGCAUUUAUGCUUUAUAUGAAAGAAAUGAGAGCCAAGGUAGUUGCCGAAUGUACGCUUAAAGAAUCAGCAGCUAUUAACCAAAUUCUUGGUCGAAGGUGGCACGAACUGACCCGAGAAGAACAAAGUAAAUAUUAUGAAAAAGCGAGACAAGAACGUCAAUUGCACAUGGAGUUAUAUCCCGGGUGGAGUGCACGGGACAACUAUGGUUAUGUUUCGAAAAAGAAGAAACGCAAAAAAGAUCGUUCGCCCGCGGAUCCGGGAGGAAAUAACAUGAAAAAAUGCCGUGCAAGGUUCGGAUUAGACCAACAAAAUCAAUGGUGCAAACCGUGCAGGCGCAAGAAAAAAUGUAUAAGAUAUAUGGAAGUGGACGGUGAUGACAACAAUGAUUUAGAUAAUCAUAUGAGCGAUGAUAAUCUUGGUAGUUGUGGUAGUGUUGAUGAUGCAAAAACUCCAGACGACGAUAGUGAAUCAUUAAAUCAAUCAUUAUCGAGCCCAGGAUGUUUGAGUGGAUUGUCUAGUUUACAAAGUCCAUCGACAAGCCUGGCAAGUCCGCUUAAUUUGCUUACUAGUCCAUCGACGCCUAAUGCAGUUUCGAACCCAAAUCCAAAUAAUUCUAAUAAUAAUACUAAUAAUAAUAUUAAUAACAAUAAUAAUAAUAAUAAUAAUAAUAAUAAUAAUAAUAAUAAUAAUAAUAAUAAUAAUAAUAAUAAUAGUAAUAACAAUAAUGCUAAUAAUAAUAGUAAUAAUAAUAAUAUAAAUAAUAAUAAUAUUAAUAAUAGUAAUAAUGGUUGUAAUAGUAGUAGUGGUGUAUCUAAUUCGACAACAUCAAAUGAUCAACAACAACAACAACAGCAACAUCAUCAGCAACUUCAUCCUCUAAGUCAUCAGCCUUGUUCUUCUCCCGCUUCACAUCAACAACAGCCACCUCUGCCAAAGCCGCAUCAUCACCAACAUCACAUACCGAUGUUUAUUGACACCAGCCGCAGUGCGGCCGAAAAUAACUGCAAUAACAUACCUUCCGCUUCUGCUGUACAUCAAAUGUUACAUCAUAAUGCAGCAGUAGCAACUUCUGCAUCUCCGACAUCAUUUUCAGCACUGCCAUCAGUUAAGUCAAUUGCAGAUCGUAUGGUUCAAUCGCUUUUGAAUAAUGUCAACAUUGGCAAUCGAUUGGGUCAUUUAGCUUCAAUGGGCCUAGCGCCCCAGGGAGAACAAUCAGGUGGCAGGACUCUUCCUCAUAGUCAUCAAGCUUUAAAUUCAAAUUCAAGUGGAAAUGAUAUUAAACCUCCAUUAUUGACUCUCCAACAACAACAAUAUCCACAUGAUACGGCCCGUGGCAACGUUGCAAUUUCUUCAGCUCUUUCUUCAACUACUUCUAAUUCUACUCAAGAAGAUGAUAAGAUUAAAUUAGAAGGCAAACUUUUGCCUCCACAAACAGCAAAUAAAAACGUGCAAUCAACAUUAGCUGGCAACGUCUCUGGAUCAGGAUCUGGAUCGACGUCGGCAGCGAUAGCUGCUUCAAAUGCUUCUCCAUUGUUAACAUCGAUUUCGUUCUCUUCUUCAUCUUCAUCAUCUUCUUCGUCGUCUUCAUCGUCAUCAUGUCAAGGUGGCAGUAAUGUGACUUCAGCAUCUUCGUCACCAUCGGAGAUAUUUUUUGAAAAAGCCAUAAGAAAUCCUGUUGGUGCGAAUCCUCGAGAUGUCAAUAAUCCACUUAGUAUAAAUCAAUUAACCAAGCGUGAUUAUAAUAUUCACAAUAAUAAUUCGCCACCAAUGCUGAUGCUACAUCAACAGCAAAGCUCAUUGGGACUGCAGCACCAGCAACAGCAUUCUAGCAAUCACAUUCAACAACACAAUACAACCGGAAUAUCAAGAACAGUUCCAUACCUUAAACCUUCAUUUAUUACAGGAAAAAGUACCGUUGCUAGCGCUUCCCCCACCGAUCAUCAUAGUUGUUCGGACAAAAAUCCUUCAACGAAAUCUUCUCCUCCUUCGUCGUCUUCUGCAACGCUUCAAUCUAAUUCAACGCAAGUGGCCAAGUCAUCUAGUUCGUUCAUGCAAAAACCAACACAACAACAAUAUCAGCUUCUCACCAACUCUGGUCCCGCAUCCGGUUCUGGAUCAUCCAUGUCCAGUCCAAAUCCAAAUACUUCCGUUUCCUCUCCUCACAAUCAUCAGCAGCAACAACAAAUGCAACAGCAAUUGCAGCAACAGCAAUCGCAGCAUCAUGCAUUCGCCUUAAGCCAACAUCUACAUCAUUUCAGUCAACAUUUCCCGCUUACUGGUUCAGCGGGAGCAAAUAGUUCAACAAAUAAUUCCAUAUCGGCGAGUGUGCCUAGCAAUCAUGUUGUUGCUGCAAAGCAAGCAAAUAACAGUAGUGUUGGAACAGCAACCUCUACAGCGCAUCAUCGGACCUCAGAUGGUGGUGAAAGUGGAGCAAUAAGUGUAACAUAACAGUACGCCGUCUCACCUGUAGGCAGCGCCAGCGUCGCCGCCGCCGCUAUUGGUCAUAUCUAUCAAAAAGCCAUAGUAAUAACUGCAGUAUUGGCGGAUUUAAAUUUAAUAGAAUUUAUUAUUUUUAAGCUUCGUUAUUCUCAAGUCAAAAAACAGUCACACAGAAUAAUAUUAAUUUACAUUUUAUAAUUUUUUUUGCUUCGCUAAAUCUAAGAUUAAUAUCGAGUAGCUUUUACUUCAUUUAAUGCGGAAAAGAAAUUUAAAUUGGUCUCGUCUGAUGAAGGAGUUUAAAUUCAAAUCAAAUAUUUCAUGUGACAAAUCCAUAUUCCAAUAAUUAAGCUAAUAUAAUAUUUUGAUUAUAUGUUGAAUGCCAAAACGAUUUCCUUGAAUUUCUAUAAUAUUUAAUUACAAAACCUGGUUUCUGUAAAAUAUUUAACUUGAGAUAAACUGAAAUUCAUACGAAACAAGCUUAAUCUUAUUCGGUUUUCUUUUCUUUUUGCUUCAUUAAAUGAAGCCAAUUCACAACUAAAACUGUGUAGGUUUCAUAUAAAGCUCAAGCAAUCAUCAGGGACGAAUAUGAAAAAUACACCAACUGUCACUAUUAUACAGGCCAGUAGUGUAUAUUGGGCUUUUAUAUUCUCUUAGUGCGAGAAACUCGUUGAAUUUGUUGACAGCGAAAAAUUAUAUCCCAAAACUCUUGAGCUAGUCCAUAUUUAAAAAGAUAAAAUUGAUUUUGUUCACAUUCAUACUUCUAAAUUAACCACAAGGCUCUCGAUUCAAGGAUAAUUUAUUAUUGUAUUGAUUUCGUAACACAACAAAACUAAAGUAAAUCAAUCACCCUAAUUAAAACAAAAAAUAAACAUCAAAUAAAGUGUGCCACAUACAAUUAUAAUCUGCCAUAUUAUUAAAAUAUUUAUAUACUUUUAGUUGUUUUUGUAAUUUUUUUUUUACUUAAAAUUAAGAAGCAAAAUUAAUUUUUCUAAAAUAAAAAAACAUGUAAAAGAAAAUAUUAAAUUAUACACUAAAAAAGAAUGAAAUUAAUACAAAAAUAUUUUGAAAAAUAAGAUAACCGAAAGGAAUAUGAAAAUAUGGAAAAAUGCCAAUUUAAAUAAGACUGUGUAUUUAAAUCAAAUCAAAAUUAAUUAAAUAAUAAAUAUGUUUUGUAUACGUGUUAUGUAUAUAAGGGCAGGUUAACGUUAAAGUGUAAAUUCUGAUUUCUUAUAAGCUUAGCCAUAUACUGUUUACAAAGUUAUUUGAAUUUCACAUUGAAAUAUUUUAUUCAUUCAAACUUAGUGAAAAACAAAUGUGUGUACUUUAUGUGAAAAGAUAUUAAAACAUAAUUCUAACAACAAGCCAUUUUCGAGAAUUGUAAUUUUAAUUUUUUUUGUUUUAAAUGCUGAGCUUAGCAUGCUUCUUUUUCAUACCCAAAAAGGACAAACUUUUAAUAAAUUAGUUAAUGGGAAAAAUUCAAUGUUUGCUACUUCUGAAUAUAUAUAAAUCAGUUAAUUUCUUCUGACGUUAGCAAUUCUAUAUCAACAUCUUUGGCCCCCAAUCUUCCCGUUACAUCAGGUUAUAAUCUGAUCUUCUUCUAAUAUGUUCUUUUAAUAUGUCAAUUUAACAUUCCUUUUGACUUUUUAGUGCAAACAAACAAAUAAGCAAUUCAUCACCCAAUUAGCACAACACUGAUUCAGUCCUUAAAAUUUUAAAGUAAGCUCAAACAUACAAUCCAUACAACUUUUCAAAAGAUUCAGUACCUAGAACAAUUUCCAAACAAAUACCUCCCAAAAGGUUAUUUCGUGAGUCCUUUGAUUUUCACUCUCCCUGAUAUACAUACAUGUAUGCAUUAAAAAAAUUAUCUUUUUCACAAUUUUAUUAUUAAAAAAGAAAAAAAAACCCUUUUAAAAAAAUUACUUUAAGGGAGAGAGAUUAAAAGGAGUGUUCGCGACCAAAACCGAAUUUUAUUUACAUUAUAAUAGUUAAGAGUGUGUGUAUGAAUAUGUAUGUAUGUGGAUGUAGUAUAUGUUUAGUGAAUGAGAAAGUAUGUAUAUUUGAAUUUUGUUAUAAAAAUAUUAUAAAUAAAUAUAUAAUACAAAAAAUGCAAUAAUAUUAAUAUGUAAAAUAAAAUAAAAUCACAAUGAAAUGCAAUUACACAUAAAAGUCGUACAGAUGUAUGUGAAUGUUUAUAUACAACAAUGUUUAAUUACAAUUUGAAACAAAAAAAAUAAAUAAAAUAAAACAAAACAACAAUGUGUAAUAUAAAAUAGUAGCUAUAUCAAAUGCAUCUUGAAGAAAAACAUAAUAAUACAUUAAUGUAAAUAAAAAUUAAAAUCGUAUUCGUAUUUCUAUCUAAGAGAUGUUCGGUAUUAAAUAAGUGCUACAUUGUAAAUAUAUAUUUAUAUAUACAUACAUAAAUAAGCAAACAGAAAAAGAGAAUAUUUAAGUUCAACUAAAUAGUUUUGUUAAUUUGUUUUUCUCUCACCGUAUCUUAGUUUGUAUACAAAAAUAAAUAAAAAUUCUGUGUAUUUAACUACAAGAACCAGAAAUGAACAAGUAUGCAAAAAGUUUAAUAGCUUUUGUAUCCUUUCAUUUUCACUUACGGGAUAAAGAUUUAAAUAAAUUAAAUUUUUUCAUCCGAUACUCAAAUAUAUAGUGCAAAUAAUAACUGUCGGUAAUAUACAAAUAAAUCACUCAUAAUAUAAAUAUAUUUACAUAUCUAUGGGUAUGUAAGUAUAUUUAUAUGAAUAUGUCUAUGUAUAUAUAAAUAGUAUAUAUAUGUUUGCAUUAAUUAUUAUCUAUAUAAAGAGAGAGCAUGUUAUACUCUUAAUAAUCACUUAAUUUUAUACGUUUUGUUUAGUGCGCACUAAAAACAAAAAUUAAAAUAAAAAGAAAAAGAAAACUCAAGCCUGUUUGCUAAAUAAAAAACACAUAAAAGGCAUAAAAGAAAGAAAGAAAUCAACAAAUAAUAUAAUGUAAAUAUUAUAAAUCGAAGCAAAAUAAGAAAAGAGUUUAAAUUAAGAUUUAUAUAUACAAAAAUUAAUUCUGCUAUAUACUGAUUAAUAUUUAGUUUAUAAUAUAAUUUGUAAAUCUAUAUAUCUACGGAUUAAACUUAAGAUGAAAUAAAAAUUAUUACUUAAGGUCUUUAGAUAUUUCUAAGUGUUGUUAAAGUUAGCAGGAAAUAAUAAAACAAAAAAAAAACUUAGUAAAAAAUGAGUUAAAAAGUCAUCUUUAGAAAUAAAAUCACUAUGAGAGAUAAUUUUUUACCACUUGAAUAAGUUUUUCAUGUUAAAAUUAAAAGAAAAAAAAUUAUAAUUAAAAAAAAAUCCCUCAGUUAAAAAACAAAAGAAAAAAUAGUAGUACCACAAAAAAACUUAAAUGCCAAACUAGGAUGUAAGAAAGAUUUUUUUAAAAAAUUCCUUACUUUGAUUAUAUUUUUUAUUAGUUAUUAUUAAUCUUAUUUAGAUUUUAUAAUUUUUGCCUUAUAAACGAAUUCUUCCAUAUUUUAAAAAUAUAAACAAAAAUAUUUUUAUUUUGAAUUUUAUUUUA